AUGGUGUCUACUGUCUCCCCACGCUCCAAAUUGAGCAUAACCUCGCUCGACCCCGGCAGCGCUCCCUCAACUGUCAUUGGCAGAAAUGCGGCCUCGUGCGCCGGUUGGCGUCUCCAAACUGCAGAGCGAACCUCGCUUGAGGUAUCCACCUCGGUGCUGAUUCGUUGUUGCGGGUCGAAUGGCUGGGAUCCUCUGGGGUCUUCUGAGCAGGCUAGCAAUUCUCCCGGCCCUCUUCACCGCCAUCUCGUCCUCCUGAGAGCCGGCGUAGAGAUUCCUCCCACCCUACAACCAGACUCUCACCGACUUACAUCGUGAGGUCGUCUCGUCCUCAAAGAGCGGUGUCACCAACCCUCUUUCUUACAAUACUAUUGACAUCCCGUGA